UAGUGAGAGAGAAAGCGAGAACGGUUUCUCUUGAAUGGUCCCAGCCCACUAAACACUUGUGACAGAGAAAACCAAACCGACAUAGAAAGCAGUUUUGUUUUCCUCCCCUCUGCUUCACUUUCGUUUUCUCCCUGUUCUGUGGCUCUCCUCGGCUUGACAGAGGGCAGGCGCUCUAGCGUCUGUGUAUGUGUGCGUCCCAGCGCUGAUCUUUCGUCUGUCUCUGCGCGCCCGUCAUGAACACACUCCCAGCGUACUCGGGAGCCAGGAUCUCAGGCUGCUGGGCUCUUAGGGCAGAUGGAAGUGGCGGUGGGGAAGGAUCUCUGGACAGGCUCCUCCCAUCCAUCAACACCAGCCUGUCGCCACGGAAACGAACCACCAGCCAGUGCAAAUCAGAGCCUCCACUGCUGCGGACCAGUAAGAGGACCAUCUACACUGCAGGACGCCCACCAUGGUACAAUGAACACGGGACCCAGUCCAAAGAAGCUUUUGUUAUCGGGCUUUGUGGAGGCAGUGCUUCAGGCAAAACAACAGUUGCUCGUAAAAUUAUCGAGGCCUUGGAUGUUCCUUGGGUGGUUCUUCUGUCAAUGGAUUCCUUCUACAAGGUUCUGACAGCCGAACAGCAGCUGUUGGCUGCUAAUAACGAUUACAACUUUGACCAUCCAGACGCCUUUGAUUUCAGCCUGCUGGUGCACACUCUCCGCAAACUCAAGCAGGGCAAGAGCGUGAAGAUCCCGGUGUAUGACUUCACCACACACGGACGGCAGAAAGAGUGGAAAACGGUGUAUGGGGCCAGCGUCAUUAUAUUUGAGGGCAUCAUGUCAUUUGCAGAUAAAGAGCUGCUGAAGCUGCUAGACAUGAAGAUCUUUGUGGACACAGAUUCUGACAUCCGGCUGGUACGGAGGCUCAGGAGGGACAUCACAGAGCGCGGCCGGGACAUCGAUGGAGUGAUCAAACAGUACAACAAGUUUGUGAAGCCAGCCUUUGAACAGUACAUCGAGCCCACCAUGAGGCUGGCAGAUAUCGUGGUGCCACGUGGUGGCGGCAACAUGGUGGCCAUUGAUCUUAUAGUGCAGCACGUUCACAGUCAGCUGGAGGAGAGAAAGCUCCGCUGGGAUAUGGCGGCCCUGGCGUCUGCCCAUCAGGCCCAGCCCCUUCCGCAGACCCUCAGUGUUGUGGAGAGUACGCCGCAGGUCCGCGGCAUGCACACCAUCAUCAGAAAUAAAGAGACCAGUCGAGACGAGUUCAUCUUCUACUCUAAGAGGUUAAUGCGGCUCCUCAUCGAGAGAGCGCUGUCCUUCCUUCCCUCUCAGGUUCACAUUGUUCAGACCCCACAAGGAGAAGAUUACGAGGGCCGAACUUUUCAUGGGAAGGGGAUUACGGGUGUGUCGAUUCUCAGGGCGGGAGAGACCAUGGAGCCCGCGCUUAGGGCCGUGUGCAAAGACGUCCGCAUUGGCAAAAUCCUCAUCCAGACCAAUCAGGACACAGGAGAGCCUGAGUUGCACUAUUUGCGUCUGCCCAAAGACAUCAGCGAGGAUCACGUGAUUCUGAUGGACUGCACUGUGUCCACCGGAGCCGCAGCCAUGAUGGCCAUCAGAGUUUUACUUGAUCAUGACGUUCAGGAGGAUAAGAUCCUGCUGGUGUCUCUGCUGAUGGCUGAGAUGGGUGUCCAUUCUGUGGCCUACGCCUUUCCUCAGGUCAAAAUCAUCACCACCGCCGUCGACAAGAAGGUCAACGACCUGUUUCACAUCAUCCCCGGCAUAGGAAAUUUUGGGGAUCGAUAUUUUGGCACGGAUGCGCCUCCAGACUGGAGUGAUGAUGACAUGGAUGAGCCCAGCUGCUGACGGGUGUCAGAUCAUCUCAGCAGCUCAGUCACGCCGGAUAUUUACGGCUGCUGACCAAACCACACGCUGUUAACAAUUACACUUUCACAACUGAGCACUGCAUUCUGUACAACUUGAACAGUUUUUUUACAAGUUUCUGCAAAAAUUUUGACCGUUUAAGAUGUCGAGCUCAAUUUAAGGGUUUCGCUAUCUAUUUAUCAAACAUAAACAGGAAGGAGCAGCUCCUGUUAAAUGUAGAUAGGAUCUGUAUUGUAGAUCAUCUGUAAUCAGCUGCCAAUUUCACAUUCUGCGAUGAGAAUAACCUACGUUUUUUUUUGUUUUUUUUUUGACCCACAAAAGUGCAGCAUCUUGCAUCUGUCCAGUGAGUCUAUAGUUGCCUUUACCAUAUAUGGCUGACAUCUGCUUGAUGUUCGCCGUCGCGUCGAGAACAUACAGGACGUACAAGAACAAAACUAGCCCACAGGAAGUGUUGGUGUUUGGCCUCAAAUUCAAGCCAAUGAGCGUUGUGCUUGCUCUUAUUAUGGAUGUCGAGUUGAUAUCUCUGUUUUAUCGUUUUUACCCCACUGAGCACUUUGAGAAAGUACCUAGCCUGAAGAAAUUAGUUCAUCAUAGAAAUAUGAUGUGAUUGUGUGCGUUUUAUUUGUUUGAUUUAUGCUGACUCACAAUAGUUAACCCCCCAAAAAAAAA